GCCCCCCGCCCCGCUUUAUAAAACGGGCGCACGCGCACUACGUUCUCUGUCUCCGGUCGCUUUCCGUCCUCAGGAUCUGCUUCACGAUCGCCUCAUCGAGUCCGUAAGAGUCAUGGCUGCUAAAACAGAGCGCACAUUCAUCGCCAUUAAGCCUGAUGGCGUGCAGCGAGGCCUGGUAGGAGAGAUCAUCAAGCGCUUUGAGCAGAGGGGCUUCCGGCUGGUGGCUGCCAAGUUCAUGCAGCCCACUGAGGCUCUGUGUAAGGAGCACUACAUCGACCUGAAGGACAUGCCCUUCUACGCUGGGCUGGUGAAGUACAUGAGCAACGGGCCUGUGCUGGCCAUGGUGUGGGAGGGCCUGAGUGUGGUGAAGAUCGGGCGCUUGAUGCUCGGAGAGACCAACCCCAUCGACUCCAAACCUGGCACCAUCCGUGGCGACCUCUGCAUCGAAGUGGGCAGGAACCUGAUCCAUGGCAGCGACUCCGUGGCCAGCGCCACUAAAGAGGUCGCCCUUUGGUUCAAGCCGGAGGAGCUGGUGAGCUACACGAGCUGCGCGCAGCCCUGGCUCUACGAGUAACAUACCCGGCUGCUGGAGUGUGUUUUGCUGGAGAACUUGUUUAAAUAAAAACUGGAAUCUCA